AACGCAGGCCAUUGCUUAGAGCUUUAAUCUGAACAGGAUUAGUGUCAGCUUGCACACAGAAGUAUAGUGCUGGCAAUGGCCUCUUCUCUGUCAGUGUUGUUGCUCCUGUGCCUGGCGGCAUCGGCCUCGGCGCAGCUUUCGCCGAGGUUCUACGGGAGGUCGUGCCCCAGGGCGCUGGCUAUCAUCAGGAGGGGUGUGACGGCCGCCGUGAGGAGUGAGCGCCGCAUGGGAGCGUCGCUGCUCAGGCUGCAUUUCCACGACUGCUUUGUCCAAGGCUGCGACGCGUCCGUACUGCUGAGCGACACGGCCACCUUCACCGGCGAGCAGGGGGCAGGUCCCAACGCCGGCUCCAUUCGAGGCAUGAACGUCAUCGACAACAUCAAGGCGCAGGUGGAAGCCGUGUGCGCGCAGACUGUCUCCUGCGCCGACAUCCUCGCCGUCGCCGCCCGCGACUCCGUCGUCGCCCUGGGAGGCCCUUCGUGGACCGUUCCCCUGGGGAGGAGGGACUCGACGACCGCGAGCAUGUCGCUGGCCAACAGCGACCUGCCGCCGCCGUCCUUCGACAUCGCCAACCUCACCGCCAACUUCGCCGCCAAGGGGCUCAGCGUGACCGACAUGGUCGCCCUCUCCGGCGCCCACACCAUCGGGCAGGCGCAGUGCCAGAACUUCCGGGACAGGCUCUACAACGAGACCAACAUCGAGACGGCCUUCGCGACAUCUCUCAAGGCCAACUGCCCCCGGCCGACCGGGUCCGGCGACAGCACCCUGGCACCGCUGGACACGACGACGCCCAACGCAUUCGACAACGUGUACUACCGCAACCUGAUGUCACAGAAGGGGCUCCUGCACUCCGACCAGGUUCUGAUCAACGACGGACGCACCGCCGGCCUGGUGCGGACGUACUCGUCGGCGUCGACGCAGUUGAACAGGGACUUCGCGGCGGCCAUGGUGAAGAUGGGGAACAUCAGCCCGCUCACCGGGGCGCAGGGGCAGGUCAGGCUCAGCUGCUCCAGGGUGAACUAAUUAAGCUAGGGAUCCAGCUAGAAUCCCGGGCGAUCAAACGGCGACGUACACAAUAAGGAUGUGGAGUUAUUGUAUUUGUGUACUGUUCAUGUACAAGAACGUUGUGUCAUUUCUGGAGUUAAUUGCAGAAAACUUGUUAGGAUUGUAAGAACCACAAGUCUACAAUUUUAUGCCAAAACCACUAAUUUCAA